AUGACACACGGGUGUCAAUCACUUCACCUGGAUGACGGGUCCGACGCCAGCCGCCAGCCGCCAAAAGGACAACGUCGUGUUCGUCUUCGCGACUGCAUUAGGAGAGCAACUCCCAAAGAUACAUCUGCUUUUGUUUGCGCAACACCAUGUGCCUUACCAGCUGCACCGUAUUUUGUUUCCAUGACCUGUACUUGGCUCGGCAAACACAAAAAGAAGCUUCACCAGAUGACUUUUUGGCCGCAAAAGAACCCGCAAAGGUUCUUAAUCUGGAAAAGACAGCAGAAAAAUGCAGAUUUUCUCAAGGCUUCUGAGUCAUUUCCACUAACGGUUACUCAAGUCAGACCAUCAGUGAGUGGAACUAGAAACCUUAAUUUCAAGUAAAUAAGUUCAAACUUUUUUAUCGCACGCAAAGAGUAUUUCAAGGUGAAGGAAAAGGUUCCAAGUUUGUAAUUUUUUCCACCAACUUUUCAUAAUAUUGAGUCUAUCAUGAAUUUAUCAUGAUCAACAUAAGAGUUUUAUUCCUAUUUCGAAAAAAUUAUUUAUUAUUCCUAAAGAGAAAUUACUCCAAAACUAACUUUCAAAUUUCCUAUUUUCCUUGGUAUUACUCAUUUAUAAAAUUCUUCAUAUUUUUAAGCGUUGGUUUUUCACGAGUGUCAAGACAACACCGAAACGAUUUUUUUGAGAACUCUAUUCCAUGCUUUUGGAACUACCUCUCACUUUUCAGUGACUACGAUAUAUGAAAAGCUGCAAAAGUUGAAGAAGUUGAUCAUUUGAAAAGUUUUUGAAAUCUACAGAGUUUUCUGAACAAUAACCUUAUCAAAAGCUUGCAGAUGCGAAAAAGUGAAAAGUGGGUGUACUGUAGCGGUGAGGCUGUCCUGCGAGCGCGGAGGACGGCGAGUGCGGCGACGGCUGCCGCGACGACGACGACGCAGGGGGCGUUGCCGAGCCAGCGCCGAGCUGGACUCCGCAGCAUCGGCCGACCAUGCAACCCUACGAUGCGGGUGCUCCGCUGCACCUUCCGUAAGCCCUAUCAACUUUCAACUGCCUGCAAUGUCACUCGAGCAACCAACAUUCGAACCUUCGGGAAAAAAGCUCCAGUUACGAUCUCCCGUCGACUCGCCUUUUCACUUGUAUAUUUUGUUGCGUGUGCGGGAGGUGCGCAGAAUGCCUUCUCGUUGUUGGUUGCUCGCGUGUUCUCACUCCAGAAUUCAAAUCUCUCUUUGAGCUUCCAAACGAUUCUUCCUCCCUCACUGUGUCUGAAAAACGGUUAACACGACCAAGAAGUCAGAAGACCUUUCAAAAUCUUGUUUCUUUUUCGAAAUGAUGUUGAAAGAUCUUUCUGGUUCGAAUGGAAUAAUUUCAGAAGACAUUUCAACGUUUUUACAAAUGAGACUCCGAUUCUUUGAAGAUUUUCGAUUCAGUUGAAAUAUUCAUUUGUAUUUUUCUAGCAUUCGUUUCGCACAGAACUUCGCUUCGAGUACUCCUUUAUGUCGUUUUCUUCUAGCGUCAGGGGUUUUUAUUUUCAAGUCCAAUAAUGAAAAUACUGCAAAAUUUUUGAAAUGAAAAUUUAUUCGCCCCAAAGUCAAUGGUGAAAAAGAGAUCAAACUUCGUUCAUUUUUUCCGUAAAAAAACUCCAAAACAACACAUUUUUUCAACUGAUCAGCCUUUUCAUUCUGCAUUUAAUGAUAUGUUUUGUUUGAAAGUUUUGCUCUCAAAAAUAUUUUUUUUUUUAGAAAACUGUAAUCUUUUUGCUUCUCAAAAUGAUGACUAGGUGACUUGAAUCGAAGACAAAAAUUUUGUUUGGAAGCUCAUAGAUGGGUGAGAAUUUUGAACCAUAUAUUCUAGAUUUUUUUUGCCAUGACUUGAAUUUUUGCACUCAAUUUUUUUUAGUGGGACGUCUUACACAGAGCAGGAAGUGUCCUGCAUUUGCGAAAGCCUCUUCAAUGAAGGACUUCAGACCGGCAGAACCGACCAACUCGUCAGUUUUUUGUCUUUUUUGCGUUAAGUUAGAAGUUUGCCGUUUGAAUCGCGGAGUUUGUGCAAAGAUUCUGCGGUUAUAUUCUGCCGUGGGACCGACACCUGACGUGAUUUGAGUGUCACGCGUUUCGCGUCACUCAUUCUCUUCAAAACGCCUCGAACGUUCGCGGUUACACCUGGAACCUCAUAACCAGGGCGGCGCUAACGCGAACAGUCUAGUUUACGCGAUCAGAAUUUCUCAAAGUGUUCGAAGUCUAGCGGACAUUCUUUAAGACAACACGCCAUUUAGAGAAGUUUUUUCGGUCCUAAGAAGAAUAUUUCACUUCUUUCAUUUUACAAAAUAAACCUGAUACACCAAAAAGUUAGAUUAACUAUAAAAUAGUGCGAUCAUAAUCGAAAAAAGAUUCCAAUAAAAUUCAAGCGGCUUUCGAAGAAUUGACCAAAAUGCCAAUCUCUAUCAUCGAGUACGCAAGCAGCGAAUCCUACGGCGUUUAGUUUUACUUUUUUUCACACUUCUGUAACUUUUUCUCGGUUUUCUCUGUAACUUUUUCACGUGUGCUACAACCCGUGAGUAGUCUGAGUGAAGUGAGAUCACGUCGGGAAGAGUACGGUAGUUGUGAAAUUCCGAGAGAAAAAGCAAACAUGCGCCAAUCGAAGCGUUGCAGGCACACUUUCUGUGGUCAUUGCCGCCGUGCCAUCGGAGGCUGGAAAGUGCCCUGAAGGCAGAGGCGCUCGUUCUCUACAGUCAGCAGAACUGGAAAAGCUUAUAUCGGUGAAUCUUUUUUUUGUUUUAUUGCAAAUGUCAAAGUUCCUGCUAGGCCUUCUCAAAACUAAUGGGAAAAUACAACUGAUCGAGUUUCAUUCUAUAGGAGGCGAAAAAAAGGAUUUUUUUUAGUCAUUGAAGACUUUUCCUAAGACCCGAGAAAACGUUUAAAACCGAUGAAAUUUCUAGAAAGUCGCUGCUGCCUUAUAUUUUUUUUUCAGUUUAAAACUCUUUCUUGUCAAACUUUCUUUAAUCUCUCAUUUUCGGAUAAUUUUUGCUCCUAUAUCUUUUCAGCAAACGUAGGUAGGUCUUUUCUCGGCUUUUACUCUUUAGGUCUUUGUCGCCUUUUUGCGAAUUCCAACAAUAUUUUCAAGAAGAAACUUAAAUAGGUUUCCUCAACCAAAUAAAAUGAAGUUGCGUGAUUUUUCCUUGUUCGGAAAGCUCUACGUCGGUACUAAUCAGAAUAAGAUCGACUCUUGCUGAAGUUCAAAAAUGCUUUCAAAAUAGAAGUUUUUGUGAAAAAUGCAAACAAGGAUUUGAAAAAAAGUCGGAGAAGAAUCUAAAAUCAAUUAUAUUCAAACUUUUGUGCGAAAAAUUGAAGUAGACUCAAAGUGAAUUUUGCCAAUUUUCUCUGCGUUUGUUCCUUCUACAUACACAGAGAAGCUGAACGGCAUGGGCAGCUAAACUUUCGAUAAACCCUUUUUUUCAAUGAAAAAAAUUCUGUAAAUAAACAGAUUGUACGGAAAUUUUUUUUACAAAAAAAUUAUUAGUUUGAUCUUUCCUCAACUACUGAAACUGUGGAAAAUAUCAUUAAUGAAAUUUAAAAUUUAAAAAUAAAAAUUCCAGAAUUUUGGAAUGCAAUAAAUUCGCUCCUCACAAUCACCAAGUACUGCAGCAUCUUUGGCUCGACGCUCAUUAUAAAGAGGUUCGAAACUUUUUCUUAGGUAAAAAAAUCGUGAAUCUCAGUCUUCUGUUUCGUAUCGAAUAAUUGAAGAAAACUGGCAAAAAAAUCAUACUUAAACAAGACAAAAUCGAAAACUAUGCAAAGUAAAAACAAGCAAAGAUUUUGUCGAAAACUUCGUGAGUUUUGGUUGUUUUUUGCCGUGGUUGGGCGCAGCUUGGGCCCAAAAGUCGACAAACAAAAAGGGCACUCAAGUGCUUAUGAUAUGUUUGUGUGCAUAACAAUUGCGUCAUACAGUAAUCUUUACAGGCCGAGAAAACCAAGGAACGUGAACUCGGCGCCGUCUGCAAGUACCGUAUUCGCAAGAAAAACCCUUUUCCGCCGACAAUUUGGGACGGCGAAGAGACCAAUUAUUGCUUCAAGGUAUUUUUAUACGAAUUCUCUGAAAACAUCAAUUUUGAUUCACCAAGGCAGCUCUGAAAAGACGUUGUAAUAAUUUAAACGGCCGGAAAAAGACAGAGUCAUUUUUUUUGAGUCCAAUAUCAUUCAAAAAAUUUUAUUAUAGUGUGCUUUUCAGUAAACUUUUCCUUAAACUGUAUUUUUUUUUUGACUUUUCCAAAUGUUUUUGAGAGGUUACGAGGUUUCUUAACAUCUUGAUGUUAGAUCGUGGCGUUUUUUUUUCAUUUUUAGCUUCGUUUUUGACCCGAGAUGUCGAUUCCUUACAAAGAAAAUUUGACUCAAAAAGAUGGAUUCGGGUCUUCACGAUCAAUGUAUCUGUAAAAUUAACAAAAUUUUCCAUUUUCGACAAGAAAAAAUAAAAAUAUCCUUUUCAGUCCAAAUCGAGGAAUGUUUUACGGGAAGCCUACAAAAAGUGCCACUAUCCCUCAGUCGAAGAAAAACGGAGACUCGCCGCUCAGACUGAACUUUCAAUUAUUCAGGUGAACUUCUUGAUCGAUAUUUUUUAAUCGAUAAUCGUUAAGGUAUCAAAUUGGUUCAAAAACAAGCGACAACGAGAAAGAGCUGCCGGCAAUUUAGAAAGGUAGGAAUAUUUUCAUUCACUCUUUUUUCUAUCUAGUUCCCAGUGUUUUCUGAGUUUUUUUCUACAAACUUAGGACCUCUAGAAUAAUGAAAUAAUUAAAUGUAAUAAUUUUGUAGGUCAGAAAUGUGUAAAUGACUUUAAAUAUAUUUUCCCCUUUUUUCCAGCCGUCUCGUUUAGACUUUUUUUAUUACUAUUCGUUUUUAACUUUCUGCAUAAUUUUGAGCAAAACGAAAAUGUUUUAUUCCCAGUUAUUUUUUUGGUCAAACGAUACUUGCUGGGUCUAGUUCAGAAAAACUUUUAUUCUAUGCUAUCCAAAUGUGAAGGUUUUUUUUGAAAAUUAUAUUUAAAAAUAAAUUUCGGGGUGUUUUUUUGAAUGAAAUAUCCGGUCUUGUCCAUGUCCUCUCAAAAAAACUGUUCUAUAAGCUUUUUCGAUCGAACUAAAUUUGCUGGUUUUACCUUAGCCUCUCGCGAAGGUUUGUAAGCUGGGAUGGCGUGAAGGAGCCAUUUGUACCUAAACGGAGGCCGGUAUCAGCCGGACAAAGCGCAUUGUGUGCGGCGUUCUCGAAGUGUUUGAGGAGAAGCCGCACAAUGGAAGGUCAAUGGGUGUACGGUCGCUUCUUCACGCCUGUCCCCAAACUUCGGCUGUCUUGUCGACUUUGCAAGUCUUCGAGGGCUAGCCACCCUCUUAUCCUACCGUACACAGCUUUACCUUCGUUAUUUGACAAGAAAAAAUUCCAAUGAAAAAUCUAACUUAAAAGGUUCAGUUCAUGGAAACUGGAAAGAAAAUAGUGUUUAGUUAGACCACCCUCCGUGAACGCUUAAAAAAAUCAGGAGAUUUCCAAUAUCGCAGUCAAACGCAUUGUUAUGUUUCAAAAGCGAUUGCUUUUCAGAGGAGGAUCGGCUAAAUCUGAAAGCGACGACGGUUCUUCGGGCUGCGAAUCGAAGCCACCGCCGAUGGCUCUGGAGCCAGCGACUUUUGAGGUCUCGCCGUACGCCGCCUAUCCACAGGCCUACUUCCCUGCCAACUGCGACUUUUUCCACAUUCAGAACCUAUGA